ACUUUUGUUUGUGUUUGGUUGUUGUUCUUAAUGUUGUUUAGGUGCAGAGCAAUUAUGGAAUUGGAGAAGAGAGAGAACGGGGAAGAUAUGGAUUCUAUUUUCAGGGGUUGUGAGUUGGAAAAUAUGGGGUUAGAGAGUGAUAAUGGCGGCGACGAGUUAAAUCAAGAACAAGGACAAUGCAGCAGUAGCUCUUCUUCCGAUUAUUUGGAUAAGUUUACCCUCUUUGAGACAUCAUCUCAUUUUUACAUGAUUGGAAGAGAUGUAAGAAGAAAACAUUGGAGAGUUUUAGAGAUUUGCAGGUCUAAGCCUUCGGAGCUUGUUGUCGAUGAAGAUCCUACAAGAUAUUCAAGUUACGAAUGCAAAGGUUUACUGCACAAGAUUAAUGAAAUAAACAAACCAACAGGAGGUCUUAAAUUAAUUACUGUUUGUUAUGGAAUUGUAGGCUUCAUCAAAUUUGUUGAGUCUUAUUAUAUCCUUAUCAUAACAGAGAGAAGGGAGAUUGGGAAGAUUUGUGGUCAUCCAGUAUACUCUAUCUCUAAAUACAGGAUGAUCCCGUUCUCUCAUUGUACUGCUUUGACCUACAUGUAUAACUCUACAAAAGAAAAUAGGUACAAAAAACUCCUGCAGUUAGUUGAUAUUAGGGAUAACUUCUUCUUCAGCUGCUCGUACCCACUCAUGCAUAGUGUACAGCAGAACCUAAGUCAGCAAGAGCCAAGACAAACCUCUGAUGGGCCGAUGUUUGUCUGGAAUAAGUAUCUUACUCAUCAUAUUAGGAACAAUCUAAAGAGUAAUCUUUGGACUGUAGCACUAAUACAUGGCUUCUUCAAGCAGGUCGAGCUGUCCACAGGUGGGAAGACUCUAAUUUUAACACUUAUCGCAAGACGGUCAUGCCAGUUUGCUGGCACCAGGUUUGAGAGAAGAGGCGUCAAUGAAAUGGGUCAAGCUGCGAAUGAUGUUGAGAUUGAGCAGAUUGUUUGGGAAGUUAGUCAGGGUAAAUGCCCAAGUGAAAUGGCUUCGGUUGUGCAGAAUCGGGGUUCAAUACCACUCCGCUGGAAGCAGAAACCUUCAUUGUUGAAUCUUAAGCCUGAUAUCCUAUUUUCAGAAGGCAACGACAAUUAUAAUGCAACACGACUUCAUUUCCAAAGCCUUCAUAUGAGAUAUGGAGUUCCAGUAGUUAUACUGAAUCUAAUUAAGACAUCCAUAAAUAACCGUGAAUAUAUUUUGCAUGAAGAAUUCGAGAAAGCAGUUGUUUCGGUUAACAGGGACUUUGGUGAAGAGGAUCAGGUGGAGUAUUCGAGCCUGGACCUGGAUGCAGCCUUCAAAAAUGAGGCAACUGAUGAGCUUGCGGAAGUAAAAGGAAAAGCUGUAACUGCGCUGGAGAAAACUGGAAUCUUCUCCUGUCAAAUGCCUCAAUCAAUAAACUUUGAGGCAUCAUUUGACUUGUCAUACAUCUGGAUCAACAACGAUAGCAACAACUAUAUCUCUAAGCAGCAGAAAGGGAUCCUAAGAACAAAUUGCCUUGAUUCUUUGGAUCGCACGAACUUUGCUCAAUAUGUCUACGGCAUGGUUGCUCUUGGUCAUCAGCUCUAUACUUUAGGAAUAACUGGAUCCCAAGAGCUAGACUUUGAAGACCCUUUAGCAUAUGAUGUGAUGAACAUUUAUCAGGCCAUGGGAGAUGCCAUAGCUAAACAAUACAGUGGAUCUCCAGCACAUCAGAAGAUAUUCUCGAAGAUCAGGGGUCAAUCCAAUGUGGCAACACACAUUCAGGAGUCUAUAAAAAGCAUUCAACGUUAUUGCAGCAAUUCCUUCAUGGGGGUCACCAAGCAACAGGCUAUCGAUAUAUUCUUGGGGAAUUUCCAGCCUGAAGUUGUUGAAUUGACUUCCUCCAAAAGCAGUUCAGAUCAAAAGGAAGAUUGUGGAUGUCUUAAAGCUUUAUACUUGAAAAACUUAUCCAGGUGUAACUUCUGCAUCUAUUCUGGCUUCGAAAGGCUCGGGCUUCAAGAUGAUGCUCAUAAACGUGGUUCCCGAUUCUUGACAGGACCAUCUGGACGCUCUCGGCAUGACUCAAAUGAAGGGUAGGUUUGCAUAUAUGUAGGCUGUAGCAAAGAAUGCUGAAGGAAUCUGAUUGAUGUA